AUGCAUUCCUCUAGACGUCCAGCUGGUAGUGUUAAGACCGUCGCGUCCACUGAAAUCAGUGAAGUGGCCACCAGCAUAGAUGAAUCCGACCGUGUCAAGCCACUCGAAUCAAAGUAUGAGCGCGACACCAUGCGUCGCGUCGACUGGCGAAUGCUGCCGCUCCUGGGCCUGUUAUACUCCGUGACUAUUAUAGAUAGAUCUAAUAUGGGCAUAGCGCGUACUGCAGGAAUGGGAACUGACUUGUCUCUCGAUAUCGGAAAUAGAUUCAGUAUUGCCUCUUGUGUCUAUUUUGUGCCAUACAUUCUACUGCAGCUUCCGACCAACCUUGUGCUGCGUUACUUUGGCGCGCGCUACUGUCUUACAUUUUAUAUCUUCGGCUGGGGAUGCGUUGAACUGGCGAGUGGUUUUGUGAAGAACUGGAAAGAUCUCGUUCUGUGCAGGGUUCUUCUUGGCGCUUUAGAGUCGGGGUUCUUUCCCGCUUUGACCUAUAUCGUAUCAACAUGGUACACCCGGCAAGAAAUGCAAACCAGAAUUGCUGCUUUCUUUCAAACAUCAAUUGGGUUGAGUGGUUUUGGCGCGAUUCUGUCCUAUGCCAUCACUCUACUGAAAGGCCAUGGGGGCCUGAGCGGCUGGUCUUGGAUCUUCAUCAUCGAAGGCCUUUUCACAGUGUUUUGUGCUCUUCUGGCAUUCUUGUUCUUGCCGGAUUUCCCUGAUAAGAACAGGUUUUUAACUCGUGAACAAACGGAACUCGUGUUGAAACGCGUCGAGCUCGACCGUGGCGACUCCGUCCCGGACGACAUCACAUUUGUUAAAGUCAAACAAGUCCUUGGAGAUUGGUUAGUUUGGGCACAUGCACUGAUGUUUAUGAGCUCGGCGAUGCCUGGAUACGCAGCGAGCUAUUUUACCCCAAUAAUUCUGUCCGGCAUGGGGUACAGCCUGUCUGACUCCUUGCUAUUGUCAGCACCUCCGAUAGUCUUCGCGGCUGUAUGCUCCUUCGUUUUUGCCUGGAUAUCGGACAAAGCAGGCCGUAGGGCAAUUUUCAUCGCCAUGCAGAGUCUGCUAACCGUAGUUGGUCUCUUGCUGACCGGCUACGCCAACGGUCAAGCAGUACGAUACAUUGGUAUAUUUUUAUUCUCUGCGGGUUCCUCAGGUUGCAUGUCUGCUGUGAUUUCCUACAACGCGAACAACAUCGUUGGACAAACAAAGCGAUCCGUCUGUUCCGCGCUCAUCGUUUCUUUCGGAGGUAUUGGCGGCAUAUUGGGAACCACAGUAUUCCGACAACAGGAUUAUCCAAGAUACAUACCAGGAACAUGGGCAACUGUUGGAGCGCAGAUUUUGACGCUAACGCUCUUAGUUCUCACCACUGCAACGUAUGCCUACCGCAACAAGCGGUCGGCUCUGCGAGGCGAUGUUCUGGAGGGACAGCCUGGUUUCCGAUACAUUCUGUAA